ACGCUACGCUCACAUGGUCUUGCUCGAACACGUAAACAUGAUGUACUAUUGCAAUUCUUUUUCCUAUGAUUUGUACUAGAUUUUUGCGGCAAGUGUUGGAAUCAAAUAGGAUAGUUUCACUUAUUGUAGCUACUCAGUAUAGAACAUUUACUGAUUCUGCAACACUUCGUUUAGCUUUGUGUAUAAAGAAAAGAAGUAUGAAUACCAUAAGUUCAAAAAAUUCUUUAAAGUUGAUUACCGAUGCCGGGAACCCAUCUGCUCUUAAAAUUAUUGCCUCUAGUCUAUAUUUUGAAGUUCCUAUAGAUAUACAAGUUUCACAAAAAAAAGAAACAAAGAGUUGCAUAUAUAACCAGCUUCCAGUGUUAGAAUGUGGAGACAAUCACUACUUGUUUAAUGCUAAUUCUGCUAGUUGUUAUCUUUACAACAUUUCAAAAGUAAAACAUGAAUUUUCUACUGAAAAUAAAGAAAAGCAAGAUGAAAUUUUGGAAUGGGAAUCAUUUAAAUUACAAGCCGCUGUGCAGCCCUACUUAUUAUCAUUGUUUUCUGGAAAAAAAGAUUCUAAUACAAUAAUCAUGGAGAGUGUGUUUCAAUCAAUCAAUUCAUAUUUGGGUCAGAACCCUUACUUACUAGGAUCAUUUAUUACAGCUUCUGACAUAGUUGUUUGGGCAAGUCUCUAUGCAGUUAUGCAAGAAAAAGAUAUUCAAGAUAUCAGUUUUAAACUGCCUGCUGUUAAAAAUUGGUUCAAUAAAUUGUCAAUAUCAGAUAAUACAUUAAAAGCAGUUGAUCUGAUCACACAAAGCAAAGGAAUUUCUGCGUUCAAGGUUUUUUUUGAAAACUAUUCAUUACCUUCACACCUCUCAAAAAAUAUAAAGCACAUCAAAGAUGCAGCAGAGGAAUUGCAACAAACAGAGGAAACUGAAGGUCCUUCUGAUGCUGACAUUAAAAAUGCAAAAAGUUUUUGGUUAAAAGGUCGAGAUCUAGUUGCAAAGCCAAGAAAAUUGACUCAUCCAAUUUUACCUAAAGAUGGAGAAAAAAAUAUUUUGAUUACAUCUGCAUUACCAUAUGUUAACAAUGUUCCUCAUCUUGGAAACAUUAUUGGUUGUACACUUAGUGCUGAUGUUUAUGCAAGGUACUGUCGUUUAAGAAAUCUAAAUGUUCUUUAUAUAUGUGGAACAGACGAAUAUGGCACAGCUACAGAAACAAAAGCUUUUUCAGAAGGACUAACACCUCAACAAAUUUGUGAUAAAUAUAACAAAAUUCAUAGUGAAAUUUACACAUGGUUUAAUAUUGAGUUUGAUUGUUUUGGAAGAACAACAACAGAACACCAAACAAAGAUAACUCAGGAUAUUUUUUGGAAAAUUGAAAAAAAUGGCUACUUAUGUAAAGAUGCAGUUGAUCAACUAAAAUGUGAACAAUGCGAAAGAUUUUUGGCAGAUCGUUUUGUCGAAGGUAUUUGCCCCUUUUGCUCAUAUGAAGAUGCUCGUGGUGAUCAAUGUGAUGCAUGUGGAAAACUUAUCAAUGCUACUGAGCUUAAGAAGCCAAGAUGUAAACAAUGUGGAUCAUCUCCAGUAAUAAAAUCUUCAGAUCAUAUUUUUCUUGACCUCCCAAAGAUUGAACCAAUGUUGAAAGAUUGGAUUAUGAAAUCUGAAAAAGCUAAUUGGACAGUCAAUGCAAAAAAUAUAACUAGAGGCUGGAUAGCGGAAGGCCUUAAACCUCGCUGCAUAACACGAGAUCUAAAAUGGGGAACACCUGUUCCAAUGGAAGGCUACACUGAUAAAGUUUUUUAUGUUUGGUUUGAUGCACCUAUUGGGUAUAUCUCUAUUACAGCCAAUUAUACAGAUCAAUGGGAAAAAUGGUGGAAAAAUCCUGAGCAGGUUACUUUAGUUCAAUUUAUGGCUAAAGAUAAUGUACCUUUUCAUACUGUUGUUUUCCCAUCUUCUUUGCUUGCUGCAAAAGAUAAUUACACUAUUUUAAAUGAAAUAAGUGCUACUGAAUAUCUGAACUAUGAAAAUGAUAAAUUUUCAAAAAGCAGAGGAGUUGGUGUUUUUGGAGAUCAUGCUGAAAGCACAGGGAUCCCUGCUGAUAUGUUUCGGUUUUAUUUGCUUUACAUAAGACCUGAAAGUCAGGAUAGUUUUUUUCAAUGGGAUGAUUUUAUAACAAAAAACAACUCAGAACUUCUAAAUAAUCUGGGAAAUUUUGUCAACAGAGCACUGAUGUUCCUGAAGAAUAGCUUUAACUCCACAUUACCUAAUUUACAGCUUCAGUGUGAAGAUUAUAAGUUGAUUGCUGGUAUAAACAGAGAUUUGCAUCAAUAUAUAGAGCAUUUAGAUGCAAUUAAACUUAAAGAUGGCUUGCGUUGCAUUCUUAAUAUGUCCCGGUUAGGUAAUCAAUACAUGCAAGCUCAUAAACCAUGGGUUUUAAUCAAAGGAGAUGAGCAAGAACAAAUGCGUGCUGCUACAGUUGUAGGAUUGGCAGUCAAUGUUUCUGCUCUUAUUGCAGUGCUUAUUUUGCCUUAUAUGCCUCUUGUCAGUAAACAGUUGCAGUUACAAUUGGACUUACCAUCAGAUUUUCUUAUUGUGCCAGAUAAUUUUGUUCCGAUGCUUCCUGAGGGUCACAAGAUUGGUACACCAGCUCCACUGUUUCAGAAGAUUGAAGUAUCUUUAGGAGAUGAACUCAAAAAGAGAUUUUCUGGAAUUAAAGAUGCAACAGUUUUGCCAACAAAUCCUGUAAAGUCUGAAUCUUCUGGGGAGAAGAUUGUUGUCAGUGAUCAAGUGAUAGAAACGCUUACUGUCGCUGAGUUGGAGGAAGAAAUUACCAAACAAGGAAAUAUUGUGAGAAAGGUCAAGGCUGAAAAAGCAAAUAAAGAUAUCAUUGAUGGUGAAGUUAAGAAACUUUUAGACCUAAAAAAAGCUUUAGCAUCUACUCAAGGAAAAAGUAACGAAUCUAGUAAAGAAAAAGUUUGUAAGAAAACCAAAAAGAAAUGAAAUUAUUUAAGAUCCUAUUUAUUAUUGUAUUAGGUUUUUAUUUUAGGAAUAAAAUUAUUCAGAUA